GCGGCGCGAGUGAUCCCGACUUCCGGCCGCGGGGCCAAUCAGGAGCGCCCAGGUGUCGCGGGCGGGGCGGGGGCGGAGGCGGCGAGAAGAUGGCGGCCAAGAGCGGCCGGAACGGGCUCCUGGACAAGUGGAAGAUCGAUGACAAGCCAGUAAAAAUCGACAAGUGGGAUGGUUCAGCUGUGAAAAACUCCUUGGACGACUCUGCCAAAAAGGUGCUCCUGGAGAAGUACAAGUACGUGGAGAACUUCCGUCUGAUCGACGGGCGCCUCCUCAUCUGCACAAUCUCCUGCCUCUUUGCCAUCGUGGCUCUCAUCUGGGAUUACCUGCACCCUUUUCCCGAAUCCAAACCCGUCCUUGCCUUUUGUGUCGUCUCCUAUUUUGUGAUGAUGGGCAUCCUGACCAUCUAUACCUCAUACAAGGAGAAGAGCAUUUUCCUGGUGGCCCACAGGAAGGACCCGGCGGGGAUGGAUCCCGACGAUGUCUGGCAGCUCUCGUCCAGCCUCAAACGGUUCGAUGACAAGUACACCCUGAAGCUGACGUUCAUCAGCGGGAAAACCAAGCAGCAGAGGGAAGCCGAGUUCACCAAGUCCAUUGCCAAGUUCUUUGAUAACAACGGGACGUUAGUCAUGGAGGCCUACGAGCCAGAGGUGUCCAAGCUGCACGACAGCCUGGCCCUGGAGAGGAAAACAAAGUGAUUUCGGAGCCCAGCCGCCUCCCAGCAGCCUGCUAAAGUAACACCAAUAAAGUCAAAUGGCAAAGAAAGUGAA